GAGGGGUAAAUUUACUUGUUACUUCGAAUAAUUUUUAUGUGUGAGAGACGAUUGACUCCUUGGGCUUCCUGUGGUCUUUCGACACGGAUAUUUGUGAGCUAUUUCACGGGGUCUUACAUGAAGUACUGACCCUGCCAGGAUGUAGCCUGAGAGAAAAGUGCAAGUAAGCAUAUUCAGCCAACCAACUAAGAAGAAGUAACUUAAAAUGCUUAUCAUAGCGGAAUAGAAGUCACUAGUAGUUUUAUAUCCAAAGCUCAGAGGUUUGUAUUCAAUAGUGGUAGGUUUUAGGUGGUUUAUACGGUUUAUAUGGCGAGUAAAAGAAAGGAUAAAUCAAACUCUCGCAGACCACCAGUAGGAAGAAAUGGCAGUCUCGACUCUUCACAGGAAGUUUUUGUCCCAGAACGAGUUGAUACUGGUGCUGACUUCGUACCAAAAGAACCGUACCUACUUCUUUUGAGAGCAUUUAAUGAUGUGAAGAAGAAAUUGAUAUCAGCUAGAAAUGAGAAAGAGAUACUGCAUGAAAAAAUUAAUGCUUUGGUAAAAAAUGUCACAUUUUUGGAAAACAAGGUUGAAUUUUGUGCUAGUAUAGAAAAAGAAAAUGAAACAUUGAAGGAAAAGGUGGGAUUAGGGUUCCAAGCUUUUGAUAAAAAGUAUAAAGAAUAUGAAAAUCUUAAAAAGGAGCUACAAACUAUCAAAGAAGGACUAAAUAAGCAAGCUGAGGACAGAGGUGAAGAACAGCAGGAUCUUGCUGUACAGAAGGAAGAAACAGCUACACAGACCAAAGCAAGUUUCGAUCCUGCAAGAGAAGAAAACAAAACUGUAGAAUCUAGUACACAAACUUCUGAAGAGAAAACCGAUGAAGUUGGAUGUGUCCCGUCUUCGACUCCAACGAAACUUUUAAGGAAUUGUGGUCUCGAAAUUGUACAGCAAGAUGGCAAUUUCUAUUUAUUUUUGUCCGAAAGAGAUUUACUAAAACAGUGGCUUGAGAAUGAAACUGAUGGUAAAGUUAGCGUGGCUUUCGAGAAGACUCCUGUAUGUGAAAGAUUUGUCCAAACAGACAUCAAAAAGAUGACAGAAGAAAUUCCCUGUGUAGAAUGCUUGGAGAAUAAAACGAUAAUCAUUCAUCUAAAGAACAAGAUAGUUGACCAAGCGAAUUCAAUAAAACGAUAUAGAGAACAACUAGCAAAUAUGGCUGGUUUAUUGCAAAAUACUCCAGAAUCAAAAAAGGUUUCAUCAUUUACAGUCGCGGUCCAGACAGAAGGAAAAUUCUAUGAUGAAGUUUUGAUGAACAAACAAGUAAAGUCACUAGCAAAGUACAAGAAUAAGGUGUCGCAAUCAAUGCAUGUGUUGGAACAAAAGUUGAUCCAGUUGAACAAGGAACUAGAGUAUGAAAAAAAGUUCAGCAAUCGUUUGCUCGUAAUAAUUAAUAGCACUAUGGAAGUCCCUGGAAAAUUUAUUUCAAGCGUAUUAACUGCAGUUCAGGGCAAGUCGUCUGGUAAAAUAAAAAAAGACAAAAAGCCGCCAGUUCCCCGAGCUUUCCUAGAAGAAGUAAACCUGGAAUAUUCCAAGCCUCUUUCACCGCCAGAGUCCUUUGCUUCUACUCCUAUGCUAAGUUUACCCGUCCAAGAGACCGAUAGGCGACUGCGUGUUAAAAUAUCCAAACCUAGGGACCCUGAUUACGACCCUUCGCUUGAUGAAGAAGCUUCUUCGGUUGCUCCUGCGGAGAGCCGUUCCCUAACUAGUGAAAGUUCUGCUUCUAUUGUGCCUGCAGAAGAGGCUCAGCACACCUUAGUAGUCGAUAAUAUAAUUAUUUCAGGUAGUAGUGACGUGCAGGUGUUACCGACAUCACCCAUUAGUGGUGCUAGUAGCAAUAGUCAAAGGAUAGAACAAGCAAGUGCUCAUGAUGAUGAUGGUGAUGAAAUUGUGGUCAUCGAGGAGAAUGAGACCGGAGCGGUAGGCAACAUUAGUGGAGCAAAAGAAUGUCCUAUAUGUUAUCUUCUUUACACGCCCGAAACAAACCAGCGUGAGUAUGAGAAACACGUAAUGGACCACUUCAAAGACUUCGAUUGAGAAAUGAUGUUACACGACUCAACUUUAAGCGCAGUACCACUUCGGCAGAUGAACUAGUACUUAAUAUCGUGUUGCCGAAUGCAAAAAGUAUUUCGUUAUUCAUUUUACUCAGUGGUCGACGGGAACUUUUUGCGCAAAAAUUCAUUGUAACGAGGUUUUGUUUUACAUGGACGCCAAGGCGCACAAUGACUCGGGUUAUUAGAGUGGAGGCCCAGAGCAACUUUUUUAUUAUUUGGGGGGGGGGGGGGGGGG